UUUUUUUUUUUUUUUUUUUUAGAUGAAUACGGCUCUGGCAGUGAAAGCGAUAAAGGAUAAGCCGCCGGACACUCCCUUUCCUGAGGAGCAGCCAAUCGGUGCUCAUUACACUGCAAGGUCUCUCCCCUCCCUGCUAGUCCCCGGGUGCGGGGUACUGGAGACAGGCAGGGAGGGAAGGAGAAGACAUACAGCGCAAUGUUAAAAUUAUUAAACAUUUAAGUUGCCAUAAAGUCCCUUUUGUUUUUAAAAGCCCCAGACAUUCC